UCUGGUAGGCUAUUGUCCAUCUCUCCGCUCUAUCCUUCUCUCUCUCUCUUCGAACCCUCUCGCUUAGCUACUGCGCAAAAUCGAAACCCUCCUUCCUCUCCAUUCAUCUCUUUUAAAUCGGGAGAAAUUUAGGCGGGAAAGAUGUCGGGAAAAGGAGCUAAGGGUUUGAUUAUGGGGAAAACCUCAGUUGCUGCGGCCAACAAAGACAAAGACAAGGACAAGAAGAAACCCACCUCGCGCUCCUCUCGUGCUGGUCUCCAGUUCCCAGUGGGGCGUAUCCAUCGUUUGCUGAAAGAGAGAACCACAGCAAAUGGCAGGGUGGGAGCUACAGCCGCUGUUUACUCUGCCGCUAUCCUGGAGUAUUUGACUGCUGAAGUGUUGGAGCUGGCUGGAAAUGCGAGUAAGGAUCUUAAGGUGAAACGUAUCACCCCGAGGCAUUUGCAGCUGGCAAUCCGAGGAGAUGAAGAACUGGAUACGCUGAUCAAAGGAACAAUAGCUGGAGGGGGCGUGAUCCCGCACAUCCACAAGUCACUCAUCAACAAAUCUUCCAAGGAAUGAUAUGUCUACAAGAUUUCAUUUCCUGCCUGUUGGUUUGUGUCCGGAAACAACAUAUACAUGGAACUGUGUACUCAUCAGUUUGUUUCAAUGUUCCAUCUAGGUUCUGAUUAGCUGUUAGCGGGUGCUAUAUUGAACAUGGUUCGUUUAUGAUUUUAUGACCACCCUGUAAUGUGUUUACCCAUAUUGCAUCUAUCUAGCUGUGGCUCUACUCUAGGCUCGCUUUAGUUGUUCUGGACAGGGGUUCUCUGUUGAUGCUACUACAAUCACUUAUUAACUGAUUUUAAGGUCUUAACAUAGCUUGUGAAUCA